AUGAAGUUUAUCCUCCUUUGGGCUCUCUUGAAUCUGACUGUUGCUUUGGCCUUUAAUCCAGAUUACACAGUCAGUUCCACUCCUCCCUACUUGGUCUACUUGAAAUCUGACUACUUGCCCUGCGCUGGAGUCCUGAUCCACCCACUUUGGGUGAUCACAGCUGCACACUGCAAUUUACCAAAGCUUCGGGUGAUACUGGGGGUUACAAUUCCAGCAGACUCCAAUGAAAACCAUCUGCAAGUGAUUGGCUAUGAGAAGAUGAUUCAUCACCCACGCUUCUCAAUCACGUCUAUCGAUCAUGACCUCAUGCUCAUCAAGCUGAAAACAGAGGCUGAACUCAACGACUAUGUGAAACUAGCCAACCUGCCCUACCAAACUAUCUCUGAGAAUACCAUGUGCUCUGUCUCCACCUGGAGCUACAACGUGUGUGAUAUCUACAAGGAACCUGAUUCACUGCAAACUGUGAACAUCUCUGUAAUCUCCAAGCCUCAGUGCCGCGAUGCCUAUCAAACCUACAACAUCAGGGAAAAUAUGCUGUGUGUGGGCAUCGUGCCAGGAAGGAGGCAGCCCUGCAAGGAAGUUUCUGCUGCCCCGGCAAUCUGCAAUGGGAUGCUUCAAGGAAUCCUGUCUUUUGCGGAUGGAUGUGUUUUGAGAGCCGAUGUUGGCAUCUAUGCCAAAAUUUUUUACUAUGUACCCUGGAUUGAAAAUGUAAUCCAAAAUAACUGA